AUGACAAUAAGAACCUAUAUGCAGUUCACGACAAUGGUCUAUAGAUACUGCACUGAGACCUACCAGCUCGGGUUCCGCGCUUGUGUUAACGUGAUGGACCGUGCCCAGGAGGACUUGAAAUCAAUUCGAGGAUUCAUCGCGGUCAAGGUCGAUGCCGUAACCAGAAACUGCCAAAAAAUUGGAUGGACAAGAGCUGCUGAAAUACCUCAACACAGAAUGGGAACUUUUUGA